AUCAUAUUUUUAGAUACACAUGGCCAGUAUAAACGACGACUGUUGACUGGUUAAUUAUGAUUGAUUAGGAUUGAUGCGAUAACGGAAUUCAUAUUAUUAUAAACUAGCUACAGUACAUUUAAUUUAUUAUACUUACAGCAAGAAUCCCAAUUGCGAUACCCCAAUGCAAUUCAUGACGCAAAAAAUGAGUGAGCAAAUCAUUUAUUAUACUCAAACUUGACGAAGUAUUGCUAAUUACAAGAGCAGUAUUAUGUAAUAUAAUAACCAUUAACUGCUCAUUAACUAAAUACCCCAUGGCCACGUGGUAACGCCCCUGUCUUGCAACCCUGAGGUCCCAAAAUCUAGCCUCGGCUCGGCCUGUCGGCCACAUUAGUUAUGUAGUGAUUGGUCAUAAGAUUAUUUCUAUGCCAUUUGCUCCCUACCUCUGAUUCAAGUAUGGAAGUUGUCAGUUACUUGUGGGAGUAUGUGCACUAAGUACUGGUAAACCGUUCAGGUCGGCUGAUUCUGCGCAGGAACAGUGUGAGCAGGUUAAUUGACCGCUGUGAUAUGACUGAUGUAAUGUUGAAAAAGCCUUAAAACCCAUUAAAACAAACAAACAACUAAAUACAUGUUAAUAGUAAUAGCAAUGUACAAACUAUGUAUGCAUUUAUGUAAGCCAUUGUCGGGUCGUUUUUUCAUCUCUAUUGCAGGUGUUUUCGACAUCGAAGCACGUGAUCAGCUAUCGGGACGUUAGCUGCUUUUGCAAGGCGCCAAUGGCAUGCAACUGUUAUUCCCCAACGAGUCACAGAUGCUACAGCCCACGAGUGACCAGCCUCUGCCACCCACAAGUGACCAGCCUCUGCCGCCCACGAGUGACCAGCCUCUGCCGCCCACGAGUGACCAGCCCCUGCGGCCCACAAGUGACCAGCCUCUGCCGCCAACAAGUGACCAGUUUCUGCCACCCACGAGUAACCAGCGUCUGCCAUCCACAAGCGUCUUGUCAGAUAUCACAGUUGAUGACAGCCUUCUCCAUCAGUAUUGUGUGGUGAAGUACGAUAGCGUGCCUUAUCCUGGGUUAAUCACGAACGUCGAGUCUAACGGUGACGGUCUUGAAGUCAGUGUAUUACAUAGUGUUGGUGACAGUAGGUUCUUCUGGCCAAGGAUGGAGGAUGUGUGUGUUUAUGCAAUGGAUGAUGUGCUCACGCUGAUUCCGCCUCCCAAGAAAAUCACGCGCCACUACCAGGUGGACAGUGAGAUUUGGAGAAAUGUAAAGGAUCACCUGAACAUUUAAUCCAAUGCAAUUAUGUUACUGUUUGGUUUCAAUUUGUUAAGACGUAUUUGUGUUAAUUACUUUUUUAUCAUACUGUGACAUAUUACGCGCAAACACUUUCUUCUGCAUUUUUUUGCCAUAAAAAUGCACAGUGUGUUUAACACUAUUCACCUGUUGCGUGAAUGCAGCUAAAGUAUUACUCCUAUACCUACUUGAUUCUCUAUAUAGAUCUGAGACUUAUGUAAUUCAUUCAUAUUUGUGUAAUGUCGCCUUAGAAGUAUUCAAAAUUGGAGCCCGCGUACAUAACAAGUAGCGUUAUAUCCAAAUCCUUGUGUAUCCAAUAUAUGUAGACUACGUGACAUGCACCAGGAUGUUGUGUUGACAGCAUCACGUUAGUCAUUAUUUCUAGUGCUGUAAAAUCUAUUCUUGCAUAAAAACUACUUUUUUCACUGGAUCCGCCCAUGUAUUAACGGGAGAAAAAUCGUGUGCAAACAAGGCAAUUCACGUGCUGUAAAUACCGGAGUUUUACGUUUGAAAUGCUUUCACCUGGACGUAAAUGUAUUUCUGUGCAGAUUGACAUCAGGUAUCUGGGUCUUGUUUCUUUCAUAAAAACCUCUUCUUAAAGCAUAAAAGAUGCAAUCUAAACCAUAGAAUGUUGUGCUGUAUCGGUAACUAACGCCAAAUGCGCUUCCCCCAAUAAUGUCCGUACUCGUUUCUUCCCUUGUUUACUCCCCUUUUAAAACUCGGCGUCGAUUCAGAUUUUGUAGACAACCGUGAAUGUUAAAGAAUCGCGUGUAACCUGUGCGAUUCUUUGUUUUUAGGAAUCUUAUUUAUAAUUUUGGUAAGUAUCAGUUGGUAUGUUUUUAUCUAAUCCAAGAACAACAGAGAAUGGUAAAUAAAAAAUGUACCGGAAUCGCCAAGUCAUCACAUAUGAAAAGAAUACAUAAAGUCGUCGUGUAAUGUUUUUUUAUGCAAGAAUAACGACAAUACACGUUUAUUGUGUCGGUCUCGGUCAACAAUCCCUCUGGCUUCUGCAGACGUUAAUACACAAAAAAACGUGUAUUAUCCCUACAGUAUCAUUAAAUCUACAUCUCGUUAAUUUGGACUUGUCAGUAGAAAAUUCCCACUAUCAUUGAAAAAUAGAAUAACGAACCGCAUUUAUUUUCCGACAUGUAACAAUACUAGUAUACUAAAAGACUCGAUGAUUUUAUUUAAGUUUCAGUUUCUCAGUUUGAUUUAAAAAGCCAGAAAUACAAUGAUUAACUAAAGUAUAAUGCUAGUCACUGACAUUAAUUUAGCGUCAGAUCUGUCUUCAUUUCACAUUGUGUGGCCAAACCUCACUUUUUAACACAAGUGUGGUACUGCUCAUACCCUUUUUGCUUCGGUUGAAAACCAAGCUAUACGCAUAAUAAUAACGCAUAAUAAUAAUAUGAACUAAGGCACCGCCUAGCAUGGGGAUUUAUCUUUUAUAGAUCUAUAUCAACUUACAAAGAAAUAUUUAACACUCAAAAGAAAGUGAAACCUCGCUCUUUAGUUUACAUUCAGUGUCAUCAUACCUCUUACAGCGAAUAUCAUAUUUUGCAAAGUUUAUGGGAAGCCGUGACGGUGACGUCAUUCACCGCGUUCUCGCACUGGCUUUAGGAAUUUUUUUGUUUGUUUGCACUCCUCGCAGAAACGUGACGACCUUUACACUUACUUGCUGUUUUAAAAGUGUUUUUCAGUUGCAUGUACAGUUUUCAUUACGAAAAAAAUAAGUAAAAGAAGCAUGUUGGUGCGGUUUACGAAUUUCUUUGACUGAUUCGGUGUGAUCGGAUGUUCAUGCAGACAACCAGUCUGCGGCGUGUACAUAAACCGGAACCGGAAAACAUCGAAAAAAUUGCCUCAGUAUAUGCUGACAACAAAGACGAAUAACUAUAUACGGACGUUACCGUCUCGGGGAUUUUCAUCCCC